CUCUGUUGCUUCGUCUUCAGUGUUGUGUUGGUCACUCACCCUUUCAUUCUCCGUUCAAACUCUCUCUCUCUCUCUCUCUCUCUCACACACACACACACAUUUUCCCCUCUUCUGGAUCAUGAAUAGGAAGAAAACACCAAUUUCUUCUCUGACUGGGAAUCAGCUUUAUUCUCCUAGUCCAAAUCUAUCCUUUGGAAGGAAUUUGACAAAGAAUGAACUUGGUGGUGUCGUAUUUGGGUGCAAGAAUAUGACGAUUAACGAAUGUUUGAACAAACAAUUAUUUGGCUUACCUGCUGUACACUACUCUUAUGUGAAGAACAUUCAUCCUGGGUUGCCUCUCUUCCUGUUUAACUAUAGUGACAGGACGCUUCAUGGAAUUUUUGAGGCGGCGGGUGAUGGAAGAAUGUAUAUUGACCGCUAUGCAUGGACCAAUGACGGUUCAGAUGUAACACAAUUUCCGGCUCAGGUGCGUGUUCGACUGCAAUUACACUGCCGGCCACUAACUGAAGAAAAGUUUAAGCAUAUAAUUGCCGAGAACUACUACAUGCAUAACCAUUUCUGGUUUGAACUCGACCAUGGACAAACAAGCCGGCUGAUUGCCUUGCUGAAACCCUUGGCAAUCGCCCCUGCUAGGUCUGCCAAACCCUUGGCAUUCGCCCCUGCUAAUUCUGGGCCUGCUAAUUUUGUUCCGCAGAAUACAAAUCAAGCAACUGUAUCCCUACCUCUUCCAUGGCAUGAUCCUUCUUGGAAAUCUAAAACCUUUAAAAUGCCUGAAUCAGAGUUAGAGGAGCAUCAUUCUACCCGCUCAAGUAUGAUAUCAGGUUCCAAUGACAGUGAUUUAUUAGAUGAAUGCUUUAAGCCAUUGGAUACCCGUUCGACUGAUAAGGAGGAAGCAGCACCAAAUGAGAAGGACCUCGUAUGGAUGAAACUAAAGGAAUUGGCUGUUGCUCGUGAAAAUCAGAAUCUAAGUUGGGAUACCAAUGUAACUGAUACUCCUUAUCCGGAUGAAAAUCAGAAUCUAAGUUGGGAUAACAAUGUAACUGAUACUCCUUAUGCGGAUGAGAAUUGGUCUGAAGGAAAGAAUUCAGAGGAAAAAGAGGAGAAUCCUAGUUCUCCAUUACAGAAGGAGAGUUCCAGUUAUCCAUCUGAGAAGGAGGAGAAUUCUAGCUCUCCAUUUGAGCAUCAAUUCGACAUAGCUCAGUUGGUGCAAGAGAUAAAAGCGCUGACAGAUUUCAAAACAACGCAAGCUGAAAAAAAUAAUUACCUGGAGCAAAAGCUGAUAGAAGCAGAAUUGCAAAUUAAGCUUCUGAAAGACCGAUGUGCGCUGUUGGAAUCUACACUUGAUACUCAUCCGACAAAUGUUGAGGAGAAAGUAACCAGUCCAACUGCUGAGCUGCAUUUAGAUGCCAAAGAUUCAUUUUUUUUAAUAGGCGGCUCAUAUGGAGAAUCGUCUAUAGCAGACAUGGAUAUGUUUUGUACUUCUCAGAAUGUAAUCAAAUCUCUCAAGCCUAUGAACUGUCUCCGAUCAUAUGCUUCAGUUGUAGAGUUCAAUGGUCAGAUUUAUGUUUUUGGUGGUGGAGAUGACCGUGUUUGGUUUGACUCAGUUGAAUCAUACAACCCAAUUUCUGAUAACUGGACCUUGUGUCCGUCUAUGAACCGAAAGAAAGGGAGCUUGUCUGGUGCUGCUUUGAACGAUAAAAUAUUUGCUGUUGGAGGUGGCAAUGGUGUUGAGUCCUUCUCAGAAGUCGAGAUGCUUGAUUUUGACAUUGGGCGGUGGAUCCCCACACGUUCAAUGCUAGACAAGAGAUUUGCUCUUGCGGCAGUGGAACUCAAUGGUGCAAUUUACGCUACCGGUGGAUAUGAUGGAAAUUACUAUUUAAAGUCUGCGGAAAGAUUUGAUCCUAGGGAACAUGCUUGGUCCAAAAUAGCAAACAUGAAUACAAACCGGGGCUGUCAUGCAAUGGUUGUUCUAAAUGAAAAAUUGUAUACAUUAGGCGGAUUUGAUGGAGAAACAAUGGUUUCAAGUGUUGAAGUCUUUGAUCCUCGUCUCGAGAAAUGGAUGGUGGAGAAAACAACAAUGAAUCAUGCUAGGGGGUAUUUUGCUGCUGCAGUUGUGAAAGAUUCCAUCUAUGUGAUUGGAGGUGUUAAUGGUUGUCAGACUAUGGUUGAUACUGUCGAGAAUUACGAGGAAGGUAAAGGAUGGAAGGAAGUUUAUACAUCGCCAAACACGAAGAGGUGUUUCAUGUCAGCUAUUCCAUGCAGUCAUUAAUGACAAUGUUGUUCCAUGAUCGCAGCCGUGCUAUUGUUUUUGUAAAAUGUAGGAUCGAGAUACAUUUGUCUGAAUGCGCUUUUGAUAGAUCAAUGGCUAUUUUUUUUUUUAAGGUUUUGUGUAGGAUAGCACAACUGCUACUCACUCUCAGGGGCCAUGUAUAAUUAACAGGCCUAGUUAUAUAAAACAUCAGUCUGAUUAAUUACUUUAUUCUGUUAGAAAUUAGAAAAAAUAUUGAUUAUCUAUAUCAAGCUUGAGCCAAUAUUGAAAUGAUUAUGGACCUAAUUUUUUUGCA